AUGCCGGGCCUCAUCCCCCUUCGCAUGAGCACGCUCAUUCCAGCCUCAAAAAUCACAUUCUCUUUCCCAGACGACAAGCCCAACCACACAUCAUGGGAACCAACACCACCUGUCCCCACAACGCAUGCGCAAUGGAAGAAGGCUCUGGCUGAGGUUAAAAGAGACUUUGUCAAUCGAAAAUAUCGACAAUGUUCUAUGCGAUGUAACGAGAUUCUUGACAACAUGAAAGACUCGCACAAGCCAGAGACAGCACGUCUCAUCUACAUUCGCUUCUAUGCCGCCUCUGCUCUCGAGAUGCAAGUUCGCUCCUUGCAACACAACUCCCCUUACAGGACGAAGCUCCUCCUCCAAGCCCGCGACCAUUAUCGCGUUGCUGCUGAUCUCAUCAAAGAGGACGACGCUGCCAAGCGACGUCCCUCAUCCCGUUCUCUCUCUCCCAUGCCUAGCCUACACACUCCUUUUGGCUCAGACGCAUCAGUUUCCACAGUCUCAACGCGAAUCUCCUCUCCCUCACUAUCAAUCAGCUCCCUGGAUAGCUGCUUGAAGAACCCCAACAGCCGGCCCAAGCCAAAGAAGCGUGUAGCCUUCUGCGAUGUACCCUCUUACGAGCCAUCGCAUGAGGCAUCAUAUGAGGAUUCAUACGAAUCCAGCUAUGAACCCAUGGUCCGUCCGGACUCUCCUACCCUUGGUUUCGACGACGAUUGGGGCGUCCGUCAGCCCACUCCCGAACCUCCGGCUCUCUUCCCGCAGCCCCUCCGGCUCGGCUCCGGAAGGCCACAGUUUCCGCUCCCUUCCCCUACAAACUCUGAGUUUAGCACCGUCCCAGACGACGAUGAUAACUACUUUGAUAUCCCCACCGCUGCAGACAGCUUCCUCCACGCCCGCUCCGUUCACCACUACUGCACUGUGCUCUCUGGCCUGCAGCGGCAAAUCGCCUCUCACCUGGAAUGGUUGGAGCGUGACAUUGCCGCUGCAGAGAAUCCCAAACCUACGCAACUUCUUAGCGAGGAAAUGCGUGCUCUAGAGCUACGUACGCGGAUCGAGCGGCUGAGGGCCAACGGCUGGAAAAGGCAACGGUUCGACUUCCGACGGUAUGAAGCCCUUCGGGAGAAUGCUUUGGCCGAUAUUGCCUAA